AUGUUUGCACCAAGGGUGAAGGGCCUUGACCCUUAUCAUUUCUUUCCAUGCAAGCCACAGCAGACUCUUCCCAAAAUCAACGAUGUAUUACGAGACACAGUGUGGAGCGAUGCAACACUCGAGGAAUCCAGGUUGCAACGCCAGACUCAAUUCCACACGCCAUAUUCCUUGAACGGUUUGGUUCAAAGUAACGAGUGCUCCCCUGUCCGAUUUGACAAAGAGGAUGGAGUCUUAGCCCUGGAGCUGCCUUCGUGCGAUGAACCAAACUUUCGUGAGCACUCACUAUAUCAGGAUGCAACGAUCGGCAGUGAUGACUUGUAUCACUGUCCCUGGGAGAGCCAGGCCGACUGUAACCAUGUUCCAACCAAUACGAAAUGCACUUACAACCGUAUCGUUGUAAAUUCAACACCUGUGGAGAGGCUCAAUUUGCAUCUUCUACAAUUCUACUUCGUCAUGAAAAAGAGGCCCAUGCGAUGCAUGGACAUGGCGAGAACCCGUACUUGUGCCCUCACGAAGGCUGCGGUCGCUCAAUUCCCGGGAACGGAUUUACUCGCCGCUGGAACUUGCGAGACCAUGUUCGUCGCAUACACAAAGAAGACGACCAACCUCGGAAACAUUCCAGAGCAUACACUGGAAAAAGACACCAACGUCGAAUUAGAAAUAAACAUGGACUCCUUGAAGAGCGCAAGGUUGCGCCCAAAGCCGGGACUCUGGCUGAAGGAAAUACACAGACUGAACGUUCUGGUUGGGAUCACCACCGAAAGUCGCUCGAAAAAAUCGUUCAACAACUCGGCACGACUAACGAAGAGGAACGAUCAAAUCUGCUAG